AUGAGUAGUCAUGUUGAUUCUGGGAACGAGUCUGUGGAAUCUGAAUCAACUGUCAAUCUUACUGCAAAGGCUGAUCGUGCUCCAUCUGUCCUAAAUGUUGCGGUUCCUGAAACUUCAAAGAGCAACAAAAUUAAGUCAAUGGAAAUGACUUUGGUCGAUGCUCAGGGUAACAAAAUCCAAGCUACCAUACCUGGUCGAUAUGUAAAAGAUUUUGUGGAUUUCUUCAGAGAAGGUUGUGUGGGGAAGUUGUCACGUUUCGAUCAUGCUUUGAACAUAAGUGGUGGAUUCCGAUGUGCUCAACAUGAAUACAAAAUUGUAUUCGAAUCAAAGACACAAGUUGAAUAUGUUAUUGAUCUUGACAUUGACAUACCUUUUCAUGUUUUCGAGUUUAUGCCAUUUGCAGAAGUCACAAAUUUUGUCGCUAACUUUGAUUAUUGUUUUGAUAUGAUAGGACACCUUAUUGCAUAUAGUAAUCCUAUUGUUGACUACGGCAAAAAGAGAAUUUCUGUUGAACUUGAAGAUGAAAGGGCUGACAGGCUUAAGGUAACACUUUGGGGUGAACAUGUUGACAGAGUUGUUGAUUAUAUGUCUACAAAUCCUUCUUAUCCUGUUGUGCUCAUUGUUCAAUAUGUGAAAUGCAAGAAGUAUUACCUUUUAAUAACCGAUGACAUGAUUACUGAAACAGCAAAAGCUUCUGUUACUACUAACCUUUUGAAUGGAAAGAUUUAUCUUGAUGAUAUGACAAUGCCUGACAUUUCUGGAUAUAAAGACAGAGCAUUUGAUGAUGAAAUCAAACAUGCAAGCAUCCACAGAAUAUCUCUAAUGUCAUCUAUUUCUGGCUACACAACUUAUGAAGAUUUCAUAAGUGGUGCAAGCCUGUUAUCAUUAGCUGAUAUUAAAGACAUGAAUGAGGCUGGCUAUGUUGUGGUUUUUGGUAAGAUCACUGGAUUAGCCAAAGUGUUUGAUUGGUCCUACAUAGGUUGCAGAGAUUGCAACAAAAAGGUGGAAGAAAUUGAAAAUGUCAGAGGCAAAAAAACUAUAAGCGAAAGGACUAAUGCACAGGUUGGAAAGGGAAGGAUUGCUGAUGGCCAGAAGAAGUUAACAGUUGAGAAGAAAUGGAUGUUUGGCAACCAUGGGCCUGUUUCUGCUGUCGGAGCAAAGUUCAAACUUCAGGUUUAUGUUAUGGAUGCUUCUGGAAGUAGAAUUGUGACACUGUGGGACAGGAUGGUUUACAAUUUCAUCAAUAAGACUGCUGAAAAUUUACGUGAGCAGGAGGGUAAUGACUACCCUAAAGUUCUAGAUGAAUUGAUUGGGAAGAAAUGUCUGUUCAGGCUGGAUGUAUCUAAUUACAACAUACGCAACAGUAAGAGUGAGAUAUCAGUUUCUAGGGUCACUACUGAGUCAGACAUUAUUAAGAAGUAUCUAAAUGAUGUCUCUGAAGACCAGGAAAUUAAUCCAGAGAUGAGCACAGAGUUUUACCAAAAUUUAACUCCUACCCAGGAUAGCACUGCUAAGCAUACUUCUAUUGUGUUUGUUGGGAAGUCGUGGGUGAAUUUUGUCACAGCACAUAAAUUGAUCACUUAUUAUGCCAUGUAUAUAACUGUUCAAGCACUAGGGUUUCUUCAUGUUUUAAUUAUUGAUCGUGAUCGUAAUCUCAUCAACAAUUCAGUUUCGCAAUUGGCCUGGGACAACUGCAAAUAUAUUAAAGACAGAAUGGUUCUACCAAGUUUAUUCAGUGAAAUUUUGAUGGAAGACCAUAUGGUGAAUCAUUCAGAUUCAUCAUUUUGGUCUAUUGACUAUGGUGAAUACACAUAUAGAAUUGAUAUUGAUUAUGAAGAAGGUACUUCCGAUAACAAAAUUGUACUUGCUGGAACUGAAUGGAAGAAGUUGUUAUCUGAUCGUGAGGAUAUUUUGAAGAACCAACUUUUGCAGUUUUGA